CAAUUCUUUACUAUUACACAAUGUUGUACAAACUGUUGCAUUAACUGAUGAUGGCAACUUUGUUCGAAAUAGUGUACAGACGUGCCAUCAAUUUUAGAGCUCGUUCCACAUAUACAAAUACGCAGAGUUAUAAAAAGAUUUGUUUAGUUUAAGUUUUAAGUUAAUUAAAUGUUCUAAUCGCUCUAGUUUGGAUGCGUUAUAUAUAUUGGACUAAAUUAAUCGCGAACAACUUAUUGUUCCAAAUCUUUAUGUAACGAAAUUAUGAUAAACCCAGCAACCGAAGCAAUACACUCGGCCACUUAUGUGGAUAACUACAUAGAUUCUGUGGAGAAUCUUCCAGAUGAUAUACAAAGGCACUUAUCUAGAAUACGAGACAUAGAUGUGCAAUAUAGAGGUCACUUACGAGAAGUUGAUCAUUACUAUGAUCUAUGGAAAUCAAUGCAAAACGCAGCGGAUAUCUCUAAUAAUAGAAAAACCCGCGCUAUACUUCGCAUGCAACAAAACCUUAUACAAGCACAAGAGCUUGGUGAUGAAAAAAUGCAAAUUGUAAAUAUACUGCAGGAAUUAAUUGACCUUAAAACAAGACAACUAGAUAUAGAUCAGAAAAAUCUUGAUAUAAAAGAGGAUUUGCAGCAACAUCGAAUCGAUAGCAGCCAGCAAAUGGACGAUAGCAGUCCAAUCCCUACCAAACAAUUACGUACACAUAGUCCAAUACGUGGUGAUUCCGCAAUAACAUCCAGCAGCAGUAAUGAACGUCAAAAUAGCAAUACUUCUUCGAAAGAUAAUAAUUCCAAUACAUUCUCUAAUAUCGGUCGUAAUUUUAAUGAUGUCGGUAAUAUAGAAACUACGGCUAAUUCAGGAAUUAGUAACGGUGUGCUUAUAACAAAUGGUAACUCAACUGGUACCUUAAAUAAUAGUAAUACAAAUAAACGCUCACGUCGUCGACAUGAAAGUCAUGUAAAUAAUAACAAUGGAGUUAUGGAAUUUGGUGGAAACGAAUCUAAUUCUGCCAACGAAGGUGGUAGCAAUGGCGGUAGUGAGCGCCACUCUUCACAAUUGCGCUCGACUAUUAUUAGCGGAUCUACACAAAAGAAAAACUCCACACAAAAUCAAAUCGGUUCGGGCGGUGUGGGCUCUGCAAGCAGCACGAGUGGUACCGCCACCAAUAGUUCUUCUUCAAACACUGGAAAUGGUUCCGGUAAAAAGAAAAAACGUAAGGCACGUGGAACACAAUCCACAUCUGCUCAACUGGUUAAUACACGUGAAGAAACGCCGCCCCCUGAUCCAAUAGAUCCUGAUGAGCCAACGUAUUGUGUUUGUAAUCAGAUUUCCUUUGGUGAAAUGAUUCUUUGCGAUAAUGAUCUUUGCCCCAUUGAAUGGUUCCACUUCUCAUGUGUGUCCCUUGUGCUGAAGCCAAAAGGUAAAUGGUAUUGCCCUAAUUGCCGUGGUGAAAGACAGAACAUAAUGAAGCCAAAAGCUCAAUUUUUAAAAGAGCUUGAACGUUACAACAAAGAAAAAGAGGAAAAAACUUAAUUUUAGUAUUUUUAAUUUUAAUAAAUAUUAACGUCGCUUUGUACAAAGUAAAAUAGUUUAGUAACAACAUCGAGCCGUUAAUGGUAUUUUUUGUCCUUUAAAGUAUCUCUUCUAUUGCCAAAAGCAUACCUUGGAGAAAACGAACAUUAAAAAUCAAUGAAAGGAAAAAAUAUAUUUUGAAAUUAAUAUUUACAUUUUUGU